CUAGAACGUACCUGCAUCGACGACCAUGUCCGACGCCUGGUUUUCUUCCAAGAUCGCUCCCAACGGCGACACUAAUGACAACGAAGGCGGAUGCGACCAACAAGAAGCCCAAGCGUUAAAGACCUACUUGCACCAUGAGACAACGCCGACCGAAGCUGCCCAAGCAAUCACUCGUCCCAUCAAUGUUGCAGCCGACCCAAAAAGUGAGCUGCACCACCUAUGGGGCCUCAUGUACGACGCCUUCCUUGAGCUUCCUCGGGAGCAUGUAGCAUUCCUCACAACACUCAUGCAAGCCAUUGAAGACCUUCCAAAUCCCGAAGGGAUACCUAACGGCAGCGGUCACCCCGACGACAAGUUCUGGAAGGAAUCACCUGGAUUUGGCAAUCUUUGGGCAGACGUGAAUCCGUCAUACUGCUGGAGGGGCAUUGCGGACGGAAGCGUAGGUAAGAGACGCGAUGAAAUUCGAAACAAUCAUGUGCGGCGAGCAGAAGUUGAAGCGAAGCUCGCGGAUGCAGGGCUAGCAGGAGUCACGAUUCAUUGGGGAUAUGAGGUGGUGGCUGAUGCGCUGGAGAGCAGCAAUGCUAUCCUCGACUUUGAGGUCCCGGCGGCGGUCGAAUGGCUCGUGGUUUGUGGUGAAAUGUUUAGGGAUGGUGCAAGGAGGAUGGAACAGAGUCGGGGUUUGAGGGGAGGUUGCGAGCCGCCGAGAGAUCUGUGGGAGGCAGAGGAUGAUACAGUUAUGACGAUGAAGAGAUGGAAGUUUUGGAAAGAACGCUUGAGGGAGCUCCAGGCAGAUCCGGUAUUGGUAAUAGAUAUAAGGAGAGCACUUGAGGUCAUGGAGGGGAAGGACUAAGAAACACAGUGAAUAACGACCAUCCGGAGCUACAAAUGGCAUUGCUAGACUCCUUGGAGGCGCAAUGCCAUUGGGGAGUCCGAGAAUUGACGAAGUACAGGGCUACAGGUACUUAUCAUCUGAAGGACCACCGCCAAGUUUCAACGCUUGCGAAGACCAAACUAUUAUUCACUUCAGCACAGUGGUUGUAUGAGAGGUCAUUGCUAAUGAUGCUUCCCAAACUAGGCAGCUUGCUCCUUUGUAUGAGACCGUCCGUGUUGAAGGAACGGCAUUUGGUGGAGCUUUGUGGUACAAGGAAAGGCUGGGAAAUACAUGCGAUAAGCAAAUUGGGUGA